ACCAGUGUUCCAGCGUUACAUGUUACUCUUCUUGGUGGUGAGUGGAGUUCAUCUGCUGGUGGGUUGUCAACCAUAAACAGAGAGCUUGCUAUUCACCUUUCAAAUCAUUCAGCAGUGAAGGUUUCUUUGUUAGUCCCCGAGGGAGCUUGCAAUCAUGAAGAAAAAAAUGAAGCCCUUACCUAUGGAAUCACUGUCGUUGAGGCGAAGAGACGUGCAGCAUUUGAUCCUCUUGUUUGGUUAAGCUCACCACCCAAGGAUCAUGUCAUGGACAUCGUUGUUGGCCAUGGUGUAAAACUUGGUCGGCAAGUUCAAUUCAUUAGAGACUCUGCUCAAUUUCCAAAUUGUAAGUGGAUACAAGUGGUGCAUACUGCUCCAGAGGACUUAAGCAAGUACAAAUGCUACACUGACCCCAUUUCAAAAGGUGAAACAAAACACGAAUCAGAAGUUGAACUUUGCAAACUUGCUGACCUUGUUGUGCCCGUGGGACCCAAACUGAAAGAAGCAUACACUUCAUAUUUACAGCGAUGCAAGACAGAUCAAGACGUUUUAUCUAUUACUCCAGGUCUUUUUCAAAGGGAGUUUGGGGAAUUAGUUGCAAAACAAGAUCCUAACGAGGAUGGUGAAUUCAAAGUGUUGUUAUUUGGUCGUGGGGAUGAUGAGGAUUUUGAACUCAAAGGAUACAACAUUGCUGCUCAAGCAUUUACUGAUCAACGGCUAAAAAACAAACCUUACCAUCUAAUCUUUGUCGGAGCACUUGAAGGAAAGCAAGAAGAAGUAAGAGAAAAACUUCUUCAAUGUGGCAUCGCAGAAGCACAGUUGACUGUUAGAAAAUUUAUACAAAGUAGAGACAGACUGAAAGAUUUGCUGUGUGAAGCUGACCUUACCAUCAUGCCAUCAAAAUCAGAGGGGUUUGGUCUUGUCGCACUUGAGGCCUUGUCUGCAGGCCUACCCAUUCUUGUAGGCAGUAGGUCAGGAUUUGCCAAAGCAUUAGAAAAUGUUCCUCAUGGUAAUACAUGCAACGUGAAUUCAGAUGACCCUGUAGAAUGGGCAAAAGCAAUUGAAGGUGUUCGUGUUAGGCAUCAAAUGCGACUCAAAGAGGUUAAAGCACUAAAAACAUCUUAUAGAAAAAUGUACAGUUGGAAGAAACAAUGCAAAGCCCUUGUGGAGAGAAUGUGGAAAAUGGUCCAUGGUAAGAGUUGUUGCUUUGAAACUCAUGCUUAAAACAAUGAAUAUGACGAAUACUAUUUUGUACAUGUUAUUUUGACUUUUGCCUGUGUGUUCCAAACAUUAUUGUGAUCGGCCACUUAGGUACAAUCAUCUUUAGAUGUUCAUGGUUUUCUUGUCUCAACACUCAUUAGUAAAACCUAGUGUUUUUGUAUUUUGGUAAUUUGGUAUUUUAGUAGUGUUGAUGUAACUUGGUAGUUCAUAGGGCCAUAAACUGUAAAUUUUAAAAGUUGUGUGUUGCAGGUCAAAUUUGUUGUCAUGUUAAAUAUUGUUAACCUAGGUUGAUUCUUGAUUCCCUUUGUCUAUUAGGGCUAGACGACAAAGGAAAUUGAGAAUCAACCUAGGCUAAAUCAAAAUUAACCUGGGAUCGAAUUUGACCUGUAACAUGUUGAAGUAAUUCACAUUAGGCAGUCCAAAUUAACAGUGCAAUGAUAUGCAAUCCAAAAGCACUUGCUAUUCCAGAACAUUUAGUGAAUCUUUUGUAGUUUACAGGAUUCUUUAAAACGACUCUAUUAACUUUCUCUUCAGCAGAAAGGGGCUUUCAUCUUUUUUCUUUCACAAUGACAGUAUUUUUAAAACCAACCAACAGGGUCUUCCGAAAAUGACAACAAGUCCAGAGAUGAGCAAAGGGUGGGGUGAGAGGCCCACUUAACAGUGUUUACCGUUUAAUUUGUAACAGGGAAAAAACCAUACUGCCCACUGAACUGAGCUGAACUGAACAACUUUAUUUCACGGGUCACAUCUUCUAAACUGGCUACACGUAGCUUAGAAACAGGGGAAACCUGUGCUAACCUGGAUACUGACGCACUGUAAUGUUACGGUAAAUCCUCUAUUCUUGGUUUUCACCCAUGUGACCCGCCGCUUGACAGCAUUUGCUAUCUGCCAUGUUGGUGUCCCUUAAACGCAAUCAAAACCAGCUUAAAGAGAUGUAGAUAUGGUUUUUUGCAUCGUUGUUGAUUGUUGGAGGAAAAGUGAGAAGAAAAACACCCAAGGAUUUUUUCGUAUUCCACCAUUUGUCAAGAACCAAGGAGAGGAAUUCCAAGAAACCACUGCAGAGAGGAGAAAUCUCUGGAUUUCGGGCGUAAUUCGAGACGAUGACCAGGAGACAUGGCGGAUAAGGAUUUAAUCAUCGCAGACAGAGUUAAUAUAAAGUCGUUUCGAUACAAGUUUAUUCAGUUGAGUUGUCAAUAGUUUCACGAACAUGGCGUAAAGAACUAGGGAUAUUCGCCCAAAAUGUUUUUCUUGUUUACGCGCAUGCUAUACUUGUCAGACUUGAGGUGACCGAAAUUUUUGUGCAGUAUCAAUGCUUGAGUUCGUAUCAAAACGACCGGUUUCCACGGAGAGUGUUGGCUUAAAGCAAGCCAAACUGGUCAUUCCAGCCUUUACAAAAGGAAGUCACAUUUGCAUCCAGUUGAGAAAAAACCAGAGGGAUAGCAGGUGUUCAAAUCCAAGUGUAGAGGACUAUGGGGUUGCUGUGGCACAGGUACACCAUUUUAGAGGGAACAAUUCCAACAGAUGUUCUUGCUUCAAACCGACAUGGAUCCCCUGGUACACAGAUCCUGAUGAUUAAUCGUAUUGUGAGGGUUUGCUCCGCACUUGUCAAUUUAUUCCCAGCAAAUACUUUUCCUUUUUCAGUUGCUUUUGACUAGAUCUGUUUUAUUACCAAGGAGGGCAAGAAAAAGUUAAAGUUAUUUAAGAAGUUAGGGUUCGGGAGAGCGCAUGUGCCCAGCUACAGCUAAAUAACUGUCUCCAUUCCAAAAGAUAGCUUGAAGCUCUUUUGCACAAGCGCCCUCUCCUCGAAAACAAAAUUAGACUACGUGCAGUCUCUCUUAUUCUUCAGAUUUCGUGAGAGGAGUUCACGCACGCGAGCGUCAAGCCCGUCUCUCGCCUUCAGUCUCGCGCGUGGUCUUUUUAUAGUGUCUCGCGAGUUUCGCUGAAUGGACUAAGAAAAAAAGAGAGACUGUUCGUAGUCUAAAGCAAAAUCGGCGACAGAGACGUCUGAGUCCUAGUCUGCUACACAGCCGUUUUUAGUGUCGUCACGCAAUGCUCCUCCCCACUAACGGCUGCUGAAAACCGAACUACAUUCCUUUCCCUUUGUGUUUGUGGUCUAACGAACAAGCCAAUCAUGCACAAGAAGUUUGACAAUACGUGAGCCGCGGGGCGCUAGGAAGCGAGCACGCUUCUCAGUUUUCGACAAAUCAAUUAAUCGUCGCUGAAUUUAGACGGGCUCUGUGUUUCAAGCAACGAAAAGGUUAAUUUGCAAAAAAGUUUGUUUUAAGCGGUCAAGAAAGUUCCAAGUGAAAGAAAGGUUUGAUAGGCCUAGAAGACUUUUACCAGGAUCGGUUGGUUCUUCAUUCAACGUGCAUAUGUACUGAUAUGUGAUGAAGAAUUGUUCCGGAUGUGCUCAUUGUGUUCCUGUGAAUACUAAACUGUCAAGGAUACUGAUUCAAAAAGCAAUCUUUUAAAUUAUCGAUGAGCGAUUUCCCGAACUAUACCUGGCAACUUUAUGAGCACAUCCAUGUUGUGCAUCGCAAUUUGCUCGACUUGCUUGCUGCUGGUGCUUAUCUCCUAAAUUUUAAAUAGGACUCGACUACAACAACACUACUCUAGUUGAUUGCUUGUUUUCACGCGACGUUUUGAUUAUUCUGUCAUUCACACAUGGGGCACCGAUAAAAGCAAAGCUGUGAUUGGAGGAGUCACAGUACCGCAAACGUGGCGCGAACACUUUCCAGAAAAUGGGAGCUAAAUUAUAAUUGGCUAAUCACGGGAAAGGAAUGUAGUUCGGUUUUCAGCAGCCGUUAGUGGGGAGGAGCGUUGCGUGACGACACUAAAAACGGCUGUGUAGCAGACUAUCUGAGUCCGACGUUAAUCAGCUUCUGGUUUCCUCGGAUUAUCAUUGAAAUCCUCUGAUUAGCUUUCAUGUUGAUACCGUGACGUAAUCUCCCAGGAUAAAAACUUAAGCGUGUCUCCCCAAGUUUGUUUGAAGGGAAGGGUUGGAUGUACACAGACUCUAUAAGGGGACACCUGGGGGCUUUAUCAGCUGUCCGUCUGCGAGGGCGCCUGCAAUCUGUUACCAACACCUGCACCCGGACAUGUCUUGACUGCUUGGAUCAACUAAAACAGCUACCGUUCGCAGAUGUGAGCAAUUUUGACACAAGUGGCAGCUCGGUUGAUAUAAACAAAGAACGCGAUACGCAGUUGGACAUUUAGUCUUCUUUUGAUGCAGUGGCAAGCAGCAUCGACAUAAUACCAAGAUAGGGCACAUUAACGCAAAAAGUAUUGUUGGCUUUAAAUUCUAUGAAAUUAGAAGUUGGCUAAUGUCUGGAAGAUUUGACAUAAUAAUAAUAAUACUCCUCAUAACGGAGACAAAAAAUAGAUGCUACCUUUAGCGACAGUCAGUUUAAUGUAGAAGGACUUCGUAUGUAUCGUGUCGAUAGAAAUGCUCAUGGUGGUGGGCUGAUGAUCUUCAUAAGGACUGACAUCUGUUUUCAUGUCGUUACACGUUUCAAUAUAGACAUGUCAAGUUUUCGCACCGAAUCCAUGUUAUUGAAAGUCAAAAUAAAUAAAUCUUGGUUUGCUAUCGUCGGCAUCUACAGAUCUCCUAAUAUUCCAAAAAGCCAGUGGAAAAUUGAACCUAGUGCUAUUUUUGGAGCUGCAACAACGAGUUCAAAUGACAGUAUUACAACUGUGAUAUGAUCGAUCCAAACAAGCCUCCAGUGAAAAGACGGGAUUGGUGUAAAUUAUUGGACAUUUAUAACCUAAAGAACCUAAUCACAUCACCAACUAGAACGACAGAACAAACAACAACAAUGUCGAUCUCAUUCUUACAAACAACAAGAAAAGAAUACUAUCAUCGGGCGUGGUUGAUCUCUGAAUCAGUGAUCACUCCCUCGUAUACAGAAUUUUAAAACUCUUCGCACCCAGAUUUCGAUCUUGAAAAAUUUGUGAGAGAAGAUUCAAGGUUUGACAGCGAUGCUAUCCUACAAGAUUUAGAUAAUGCUCCUUUCAGCGUCAUGGAAUUUUUCCGUGAUGUAAACGAUGAAUUAUUUGCAUUUGAAUCGCUGUAUUUAGAAAUUACAAAUGAGCACGCACCUAUAAAGCAAUUCUAUGUGAGAGGCAAUCAAGUACCGUUCAUGAAUGAACAAUGCGCAAAGCCAUUCGGCAUAGAAACAAGCUGUGGAAAAAGUUCACUCAUGAUCGCACUGAUGCUCAUUACGCCUUUUACCAAGAAAAAAGGAAUAAAUGUACUUCGCUGAGACGAAAGGCAGUCAAGGCGUAUUUUCUCAAUAAAUCGGAAACAGCAAACUCAAAUGAUUUUUGGAGUACUUACCGUCCGUUUCUUCACACAAAGAUAAACUAGAGCUUUUGAAAAAACGCAUUUUGAGAUUUAUAUUUAAUGAUGUAAAUUCUAGUUAUGACGAGUUGCUAAAGAAGGCUAAGACAACAUCUUUGUACAGUGGAAGAAUCACAAAAUGCUUAUUGUGGACAACCACUUAUGGACUCGAGUCCAUCAAGGAAGAAACUGAAAAGCUCUGGAACUCACUUACAGACGACAUGAGACUAACAAUAUCAAUCGAAGACUUUAAAAAGUCCUUAAUGACCGAGUGCAUGGAUCUCCCAAAGUGAAAGUCACUAUUUUGGCAUCUGAAUGGGGAUCAAGUAAUGGGGCUUUCCACCAUAAACAGAGAAUUAGCCAUUCAGUUAGCCAAGUUCCCUGAAGUGAAAAUCACUUUCUUUUUACCAAAAUGUAGUCAAGAGGAUAGAAAGAUAGCCCUUGAACACAAAGCAAAGAUCGUGCAGGCGACGCCUCUGCCUGCCUUUGCUUUCUGCCGAAAGAUUUGCAAAUCGACAUUAUCGACCGUAAAACGUGCAAAUGGGUUCAAGUGGUACACAGACCCUGAGGAACUUGGAAUGCUUGAAAGCUCAAUUUCAAAGGUUAAAGAAAAGCACAAGACCAAAGUAAAACUGUGUGAAAUGGCCGAUUAUGUUGUUGGAGUUGGACCCAAGUUGAACCAGACCUUUCGCUCAUAUGUUUCUAGUUGUAAUAAUGAUGGUAAUGUCUUUAAUUGACCUCACUCCUAGAGUAUUUGAAGAGUUUGAGACUGUAAAGCAAGUCAGUCAUAGCUUUAGGCAACAACGCAGAGUCUUGGUGUUUUGGAGACGCAGACGAUUUUGAAUUAAAGGGAUUUGACACCGCUGGGAAAGCAAUUGCGGCAUUAGAAGAUACUCGUCUUACGUUUGCUGAGGCACCGGAUGGAAAACACGAAAAAAUGUGUUGUGUUCCUGCAAGUCGAUUAAAAGUAAAAGAUUUGUUCAAGACCGAGAGGGUUUAAAGCCCUUAUUCCAACAAGUGGAUCUUGCAGUCAUACCUUCAAGAACAGAGGGCUUUGGUUUAACAGGAUUCGAGGCAAUGUCAGCUAGUCUCCCUGUGCUCGUCAGUCGCAACCCUCCUCUGGUUUUGGAGAAGCACUGAGUAGUGUAGCUUUUGGUUCAUCAUUUGUGAUUGAGUCAGAGGACGCCGCAGUGUGGACCUUAGCCAUCAGGAAAAUCUGGUCCAAGGACAGGAUAUGUCGACUUGAGGACGCGGUGACCUUGCUUGAUAAGUAUGGCAGGAAAUACAACUAGGCCAAACAUAUAAAGAAGUUAGUUGACAAGAUGAUCAGCCUGGCUCAUGGUAGGAAUGUCGAUUAUCUUUUCUUCAAUGGUACAUUAUCGGGAAAUGAUAGAAACACAGACAAACAUACGAUCUCUUACAAGUUUUGUCCUGAAAUCUUGAAAAAAAUGCUUGCGAAUACCUAUCUGCAUGCUGAUAUCAGGAAAACUGUAACGUUUGUAAUUUCUUCAGGUUUAUUGUUUUCAGCGGAAUGGUCUGUGGAGGGCGGUCGUCAUAACCAUUGGUCUUAGGCUUAAUUGCAACACUUCACAUUCAUAUGUGAUUAUAGUCGUACAUACAUAAUCACCAUUUGUUUUCGUCCGGCCUAUUUUGUUUUAAUGGAAGAUUCUUUAAAGGCCCGGACUUCCUUAGAAACAAACCGCAAGGCUUCUCAAAAGACAGAGGACGUGACUGCGGACCCUUAAAGGUAUCUUCGUAUGAAGCAUACGUAGCAGUCAUUUCUGUCUACUUUUAACCAAGCGGGAGAUGCACGUGAGGAGCGCGAGAGCGAGCAAAAAUUAGGGACGAGGACGGAAUUAAAACGCCAGCCGCUGAGCUUUUAUCCCGGGAAUACACAACCUGAUAGAUCGUGCCUAUCAAAUGUCUGCCCCGGGGAGUAAUGGGCCGCACACCUGGAAUUGACUGGGUUUUAAGUUUCAAAGCAGUUAUUGUUGAAUACAUGAAUCUACUAGUCUGAAUUUAAAGAAAUUAUGAUUGUAACCAAAGUUUGUUUACGCAGAGCCUGUUAUGGAAAGUGACAACAACCAAAGAACAAACUCUUAUGACGACGAGCAGCUUGUUUCAGAAACGUCCCCUGGUAGAAACUCUGAACAGAAAGUUGAUGCUGCAUCAGGAAAGCAAACUGAAACUUCCACAGUUAAAGUGUCUCAGUUGCAAAAUAGCCGUAAGGGGAAAUUGUCAGAAUCUUCUUGUGAUCCAGGUAAGCAAAAACAUGAUUUGUUUUUUGAGCUAUUUUGAAAAAAUAGCUCAUAUGUCAGUGGUGUGAGUGUAUGUAUCUUUGUGCCUUUGUAUCUUUGUAACUUUGUAUCUUUGUAUCUUUGUGUGUUCGGAUGUUUGUUGCAAGAGCCCAUAAGGUUGAAGGUACUAUGAGUUGAUGCUUAGGAACUAAUGAGAUCUUGGCAUCUACUUAAACAUGACAUUGCUAAAGGUCGAACAAGGGCACUUUGAGACCGCCAUCUUGCUUCUUCACAAUUUUUCGUCUUUUAUUACGGCUACAGGUGUUUGGAAACAUUAUAUUAAAUAUCUUUAUGAUUCAAACGCUGUGUACAGUGAGGCAGCUGUUUAAGGGUUCAUUUUUUAGUGUGGAUGCUAUUUCAACAUUUCUGACCGAAUUCGGCUAUCGCGAACGGUACUGACGCACGUAUUUAUGAGUUGUGUUUCACCAGCUUCAAGAUAGAGUAAGAUCAUAUAUUUUCAAAGCUCUUCUAGUAAAGCAAUAAUUGAUAUUUAGAUGUGGACUUUAAUUUGAAAGUAUGCAGCCUAUAAAAUGUGGUUUUACAAGUUUGAAAGGCAGCUUAUUUUUUUAAAGCUGUUAAUCCUGUAAACAAGCUUUAAAAAUAUUAUUCUCUCGCUUAUAAAGUUCAACAGACCUUUUUCGUUCCGGCGAAACAAACAAACAAAACAAAUAAGUGAACAACAUGAUACAUCCUUCGUGCAUACUAAGCAUUAUAGUUCUUGAAACGUAUUUUAUUUAGUAAAGAUGAAUAACUUAAGUAGAAACAGUAGCGUUAGGGAAACAUAGGCACGUUUUACGUGCAUGAGCUAUUUUGAAUGCUUCAGUGUAACAGUAUCGGCAAUCUACUGUCUUAAUCCUAAAUUAAGGCUAUACUUUGUGGGAAAUUGGGUAUAGCUGUACAUUAAUGAAAACGAGAACCGCAGCGCAUAGCUGAUUCGAUUUCAUAAAUUCACUUUUCUUUGUCUUUCCUUCAGAAAUCUGGUGCAAAAUAAACAAAUUGUUAAAGUACUAUAUGAAUAUCAACUCACCAAACGUUGCUUAGAGGGAAGACUCGAAUGUUUCAAGGUUUCUUCGUGGUUUCUUAGAGUAAUGAAGGUCGUCGAAUACCGAAUAGCUAAGAUUUUCAUCAUUGUUGUAGAUGGUUGCAUCAUCACUAUUCACGAGGUUAUCACGUGCGAUUCUACUUUAAUGAAACAGUCUUACACAGUCCGGAAUAUCCCUAAAUUUAAGGACAGGGCCAGCUGGUCACGCAACACUUUUCAACCAAUGAGAAGGCGCGCUUGUGUUUAUCAACAAACAAAUCAAAACAUCGCCCCAGUGCUCAAAAAUUUUCAAAACAACGGACGGAGUCGACGGACAGAAUUAAAGAUGAGCUUACAGUACUCGUCUAGGUUUCACGUACAUUUAAUAUUUCAAAGAAAACAUUUCAUGUAAGAGAAUAAGAGCAUUAUUCACUGCAAGGAAUUAUUGGGGUGUUCGAACUGAUUCAGGACGGAUCGCAGUGGUCGUGGCUUCACUGGCAUGGCUUGCAAGAUUUUUGAUAGAAACAAACUGGUCCCGUGUAAAAAUAGCCUUGGAGAGAGUGUGAAAAUUUGUUGAGAUCAUACAAAACAGGAUUGGUACUACCUUUUAGCUUCUACAGGACAAGAAUCAAAGAACCAGUCAUCAUAACAAGAAUAGAAAGUAGUUCAAAUUUAUUACUUUUUCUUGUUUGUUUUUUGGUGUUGUUUCGUGUUGACUUCACGCAUCUGGUGCUUUCCUUGCUUGCUAGUACCUGCAAUGUUUUAAUUUGAUCCCAGAUUCAGUGCAUGUUCAAUGAGUAGCUAAAUACAUCAUUUACACUUGAAAUUUGCCUUCUUUCUUUGAUUGUUUUUUAACGGUGGAUGAACAUUUGGAGAAUCCAGCAACAUUAAAUCUUUCCAGAUUUGGUGAAUUUCAGAAACAAAGCGGUUAGUAUCUACCUUGCGUUUAUGAUCUUCAAUUUCAUCCCCACAAAUUCGGCAAAGUGAGGCGGGAUCUUGGACGUGAAUAUCCAUAAGACUAAUAAAGUUGUUUUGGCCUUGAAAAGAAAAAAGGCAAAGGCUCGUAAUAAUGCGAAAAAAAGUAAUAACACGGCUCUGUGAGAAACCCGGGAAUAGAAAACGUACGUGUUUUUGACCUCGGAAUUCAAAACUGGUCUACCAAAAUUCUAGGUUGUCUACCAACCUUAGUUUUAACGAUUCGCCUAACGAGGGGCGAAGAUGACUCACAAGUUGAAGGGAAAAGCUUAAGUAACCUUUCGGCGAAAGAAACUGGGCAAGUAGCCUUAUGAGACCUAGCUAGAAAGGACGUAUGCCCUUCUCUAUACUGAUCAUUUUUGCGUUUAGGAAUAAAAACUGACAUGUACUCGUUGAAAAUAGAGACAUCUUUAACUGUCAAAUUGCGAAUUUCGUCCAUACGAAAAAACCCAGCAAAGCCAACCAAGAGGACGAAAAGAAAACGAAUAACGCCAAGCGAACUACUAGAAAUAUAAUAUUCAGCGAUCCUUAAAACUGUGUCAACGGAUAAAGGCUCUUUGGGUUGAACAGGACGAGCAAGCUUCCUUCUUGCACCCUCCAAGGACGACUUAACAAGGGGGUGACCAGUAGGGCAUUCUACAAUACCGGCCAGACUAUGACCCCACUUAAUACCAUAAACAACUGACUCUAUAGGAGAUAUCCCCGUAUUAUUAGAAAUAGAAACAGCAGUAAGUUCGCUGAUAAAGAGAGCAAUGUGCAGUGGCUUCGCUGGAAUAACUGGAACGCCAAACUUAGAAUCUGCCCAUUCACGCCAUCUGAUCCAGCCAGAUCUAUACUUCUGCACGGUAGAGGGAGCCUUGGACUCAAACUGUAAAUGGAGAAGGUCUGGAACAAGCUUGCGCAAGGAUGGAUCGGCCAAAGAAUUCGCUUCACUCCAAAUCCCGGAUUGGAGAACAUCUAAAAAAUAAAAUAAAAGUAGGCAGGAAAAGGCAAAACAUUUAAAAUUAUAAUACAGUAGAAAAUAUGAUGCUGCAUCAUAAUCAUGCAGCACGGACAGUACUACAGCGUAAAAACGACAUGUAAUGAGAAACAACGACAAACGGAAGCCGAACUGGCUGGGCCCAGUAAUGCUGUAAAAAACAGUAAAAAAUACAACAAAAUAGCAAACAUUCAAUAAAACAAAUGUAGACCAAUAAAAUAAAACAUAAAAUAAGGCCAACUGACGGCGCCAAAACAGGCAAACUGCGUGGUGAAGCGGACAUCGAACUCCGAGCCAAGAAGACGCUGCCAAAUCAGGCAAAAAAUACACCGCCAAAUCAGGCAAAAAUACGCUGCCAAAACAGGCAAAACAAAGCUGCCAAAUCAGGCAAAAAUACACUGCCAAAGCAGACACGAUAACGGUGCCAAAUCAGGCAAAAAAAAUAAAAUAAAAUAAAAUAAAUAAAUAAUACCAAAACGAAGCUAACAAAAGAUAAACCUAAAACACCGACAAUAAUGAGCUGUAAGGGGAGACAAAAAUGGGAAAGCUCACCUAAAAUCUAUCCGCAAAGCUAACAUUUUAAAUUUCGGGCAGCCGCUGAACACCGACGGACGCGCUUUGUAAAUCUGCUUCUGUCCUGGACCCUCCAGCAAGAGGUCUUCAAUACAAGGAAGCUCAAACACUUCUUUAACAAAAGACUUGAACUGGGAGGCGUUGUCGUGCAAAAAAGGCCAAAAAUAGGCCGAAGGCCAUUGUGGAACGAUCAAAGUGCCGUAACCGGAGCAGGACGAGAGAGCCCUAACUGAAGGCACAAUGGCACCCACCGGAGGGCAAACCCAGUUAUUCUCAUGUCGCCAAUCCUGAGCCAAGGCGUCCACACCGCUGCAACCUGGGGAAGCAAAUUUAGAGUUGAACCUCGGAAGCUGGGCAUUGUAAUAGGACGAAAAGCGAUCAAUUGUGUGAGGGCCCCAUUUAGCGUCGACAAGUCGAAAUACCGAGGGAUUGAUGGACCAGUCGUCUUUAUCAAUAAAUCUGCUAAGAAGAUCUGCUCUUUCAUUAAGAGACCUAGGGAUCCACUGGGCUUCGAGAACGAUGCUGUUGGCAAGACAAAGAUUGAAAAUAUCCAUAGCCAGGGCCUGGAGGUGAGAUUUGGAGCUUCCGAUAGCAACUAUUCUGGCGGCGGCCUGAUUAUCAGUGAAGAUUUUAACUCUCUUGUGUUUCAGUUGAGCCACGUAAGAAAGCAACACGUAAAAAAUUGCUUUCAGCUCGCGAAACGUAGAGCUUUGGCCGAUAUCCUCGCUCUCCCACAUGCCGCUAACGACGGAGCCGUCUAAAGUAGCCGAAAAUCCUCCGAACGCUACGUCGCUAGCAUCGGAAAAUACAACGGUAUGCGUAGCUAACGGUGGCCUAAUAGAAUAGCCGUUUAAGCAGUCGAUGUUGCAAUACCAAAAUUUCAGUUCUUGUAAAAGGCUCGGAGGAAAAUGAAUUAUGUCAUCCCAAGCCGAUCUGGUUUCAAUGGCGAAGUACAUUUGUCUGGUCAAAAGACGAGAAAUUGGACCAACAGCUAACGCAGCUGAAAUGAUAGUGCCUGCUAUUCUCGCUAACUCGCGAAAUGAAGAGAAUCCAUCCUGAAUCGCAGAAUCUAGCAAGCCUUUAAGCUUGAGAACUUUCUUCUCGGGAAUCCGGAAACACAUUAAAAUAGUAUCAAUAACGAAGCCUAGCCAUUCGCCAAUUUGAACUGGAUCCCAGUGAGACUUUUCCUCGUUACAAAGAAGACCAGAUGAAGAGAGCUCUUUACGUUGAAUUAAGCUAGCUGCCACGGCAGAACAUUUGUCUGGUCGACUCCCGAAACCAUCGUCCAAAUAAAUGAAACUGUUGUGUCCCAUAGAACGCCAACGCCUAACUAACGGGCGCAUUAACUUGGUAAAACAAAAGCAAGCGCUACUUAACCCGAAAGGCAGUACUGUAAAGGAAAAAUAUCUGACGACGCCAGAAAAAGGCCACGCGAAACCAAGGUACUUUUGGUGGUCGAGACAAAUAUCGACAUGGUGGUAACCGGACUUAAGGUCCCAAGAGAAAAACCAGUGUCCUUCAUCGAGAACUUGAGAAAGCGAUCGUAAGUCCUCGUACUUGAAUAUAGGUUUUACUAAAUAAUUGUUUACGUGUCUCAGAUCGAUAACCAGGCGAAGCUUCUUCCCAACAGCGACUGUCAAAGGAUUAACACAAUACGGGGGGAAUUCGUGCUCAACAAUGCAGCCGUUACUUAAAAGCUCGCUAAUAGCAUCAGCGACAAAUUCCGGAUGCUGAAGAGCUGAUCUAUUGUUCUUCAAAAAGCACUGCGAGGGGUACUCGGCAAACGGCAAUCUGUAACCGCGCCUAAUCAUAUCAAGGACAAAAUCUGGUGCAUCUAAAGUCUCGACCCAAAAGUUAAACGAAGAUUGCAAGCGACCUUUCACGCCACUGCUUCCGCCUUUCGCACUAAACUCGUCGCCACAACAAGACAAUAAAUGAAUUAAAUCACACUCAACUUCAUCACAGGUCGACGAGUCGCCAUCUAGUCAAUCGCGUCGAGAGCUACUCUUCGAAGAAUCCGCAGGCUUCAAGCACGUGGAACUCAAAUGACCAAAAUCCCCGCACUGAAAAAAGGGGAACACAUACAGAAAAACAUGAAAAUAAAAUCCAUAACAUAAAAAUAAAAGAACAGUGUUGUAGCGUGUGGCGUUGCAGACCCGAAGGAAGAACAUACUGACUGACAACAACUUAUAUAUGAAACGCAAUUAACACGUAUUACGUAACUACUGAACACUUCAUUGAAAAACACAAUGAAAAUACCAAAUUCAGAACGUGCAGAAAACAAAUAUCUGCUAAACUUCGUACCGCAGAUAUUUUGAUAUUCCGGACUGUUAACUCUGACCACUUAAUUCUACGAGUGUUAUCAGUUUUUGCUUCUUAAAAGAAAAGAGCCUUUGCUUAGGCACUAGUUACAAAACUAAAGAUGUCUUCAUACGUUCAAGUUACUACUAUUACUGUGAAAAGCCAGCAUGAAAUGUAGAAUCACACAGUUUGCACGUGAAAGUGUCGGACUUUGCCCCUUUCGUGGUUCGUACGUGAGGGAAUUGGAGUUAUCACACAGUAAUCCAGUAAACAGAAUUAUAAAAAUAACUUAUGCACACAGUUUGCACGUGAAGAUGUUGGACUUUGUUCCUUUUACAAUUCGUACCUAAAAGAACUCAAAUUGUUUACAAGAAAUCUAUCUCUAUCUAUAUAUCAGCGAUCGUUGUCGCUGCGAUCGUUACGAUCGCUGGAAAGUGGUUUCCUUAUGAUCGCUGCCAUCGCUGAACUUUUUUUCCUCAGCGAUCUCAGCGAUCGUAGCGAUCAUAUGGAAACCAGGCUUAAGUUACGCAUCUUUACUAAACAAAAUACGUUUCAAUAAGCAGGAAGGAUGUAUCAUGUUGUUCGCUUAUUCAUGUUUUAAUUGCCGGAACGAAAAAGGUCUGUUGAAUUUUCUAAGCAAGAGAAUAAAGCUUGUUUACAGGAUUAGCAAUACUCGGUACAACUUCCAAAAAAAUAAGCUGCCUUUCAGACAUCUAAAACCACAAGUUAUAGGCCGCGUACUUUCGAAUUAAAUUCCAUAUCUAAAUAUCAAUUAUUGUUUCAUUGGAAGAGCUUUGAAAAUAUAUGAUCUUUUAUACUCUACCUUGAAGCAAGUGAAACAGAACUCAUAAAUACGAGCGUUGUACCGUUCGUGAUAGCCAAAUUUGGUCAGAAAUGUCUUGAAGCAGCAUCCACACUAAAAUAUGAACCCUUAAACAGCUGCAUCACUGUAUACAGCGUUUGAAUCAUGAAGAUGUUUAAUGUAAUGAUUCUAAACACCUGUAGCCCUAAUAAAGGACGAAAAAAUUGUGAAGAAUCAAGAUGGCGGUCUUAAAGUGCCCUUGUUCGACCUUUAGCAAUGUCAUGUUUAAAUAGAUGUAAAGAUCUCAUUGGUUCCUAAGUAUCAACUCAUAGUACCUUCAACCUUAUUGGCUCUUGCAACAAACAUCCGAACAUACAAAGAUACAAAGCCACAAAGAUACAUACGCUCACACCACUGACAUAUGAGCUAUUUUUUCAAAAUAGCUCAAUAAAAUUGGAAGAAGCUAGUUGACAAAAUAAUUACAUACCGUUUUAUUGAGUGGAGUAACAUGAUAUGAGCAGAAAUAUCAAACGUGGUUUUUCCUACAGGACUUGCUACCUUGCUACCAGUGCAAUUCUUCAGUGCUAACUCAUUGUAAUUGUGUACUCAGAUUUUAAAACCAGAUGUUACCAUGGGCUCGCGAAAAACUGUAAAUCUGGGGACCGGCUUAUACUGACUCAAACGACGAAGACAGAAAAUAAUUUUCUGGCGAUAUUUCUGGUCUCCUCAAGGAAGAUUUACCUUUUAUCAAUGACAUUUUGUUUGUUCUCAGACUACAAGGUACUACCAGGUUAUCAAGGCCUUGGUUUGGUCCCUGACUAUCCGAGAAUCUUUCCAGACGUUAUUAUUCGCAUUUUUCUCAUUGGCAUAUCAGUUAACCCAAGAAAGGCGUCGCCUUGUAUACAAAUAAAGUUGACAUGUUCAGAAAGCUUGUGAACUUGAGAAAUUGUGCAGCUUUUAGUUUUAAGUUUCGUUGUUUCCGUGUCAUCGACAAGGCAAUUCUAUUUGAGAGAAAUUUGAAAAAUGCGGUGGUGUUAGCCUGAAUUUCAUCCGAUUACUUCGAGUCGUUAUUACUCCCUCAGCAACGUCUGAGUCGACCGGCCGUUAAUGCCGUCCAGUGACGUCACUACUCAUGAACCUUUGCUUUAAUUCAUGCAAAAAGUAAAACACGAUUUUCAAGUGGCAAACGGAGAAAUAUCGUUUGGAAAUGUCUGCAUUAUACAGAACUGCUUUAUUUUUUUCGAUCGUAAUUCAUGUUUAACGUUCAAGCUAUCAAAUGCAUGCAGCACAACUCUGAACCGGUUGUACUAAAUUCUACAAUCAAACUCGGUAGCAAUCACGCAUUGAAAUAAACACACACACGGAACACGUACUUCAAAAACACAAUGAUUUGCUUUAAUUGAAAAGAUGCUAUUUGGUCCUUAACGAAGAAAAAAACAAGGAGACAAGAAAGAAAAGCUAACAGAAUCAUUACUUUUGGCGGUAAAAAUAUCAAGAAGGUCGAAUUAUAACAUUGAUUUCAGAAAACUUCGCGUAAACAAAAUCACCGGCCGCCGAAACCACAAAGCGGCUCUAAAUGAAAAACCUACCGACUCUCCGCAAUGAUUCUUCGUUCGCAGUUCAAUUUAGCAUUUCAGUUUCGAAGACAAAGGCAAUUUUGCUGUUUAAGAUAAAGAUGCGCUAAUCGAAAUGUUUCAACUAAACGAAAGGAUGCCAGGGAUGCGAUCCGCUGAAUAUCAAGCGACAAUCCCGCUAAAAUUUUUCAUAAUUAUACAUAAUUAUGCGAAUGUUUAGACAAUCAACCAAUCCAAAUCACUACCCGGUUUUCGGUAGUGAGUGACGUCACUGGACGGCAUUAACGGCUCGUCGAUUCAGACGUUGUUGAGAGGAGAAAACGACUCGAAGCAAUCGGAUGAAUUUCAGGCUACGGCGGUGUGUGAACCAAAAUCCAUGGGCUGAAAGAGUUCACAUACCUAUUCUAUAUACAUGUAUAUUUAUUUCACUUACCAGUAACAUUAUUUUUUAUAGCGGAUCUCCACGCGCGCGAGCGGAGCUCCAUAGCUAAGUAAAUCUACCCAUCCCACAAAAUUUGGUAAUCACGUGACCGUACACCGCCCGACCGUCCGUCCGCACCACGGGGAAACCAAUGUUCAAUCUCACACUUUCUAGCUAGUUUGGGAGCACAGGAAAACUGAUAUUGCAUACAUAUUGCACAUCAAUUUUGUGAUCAAUUGACAGCUGUCAAAACAGGGUAUCCGCUGAUCAGUAUCACCUGACCGUAUCGCGGGCUCAGGUGUCGACCUAUCGAGGUCGAGUAUUUUUUGAAGUUAUCCGCUGACAAGUUACUAGUUUUCAAAUGAUCGCAGACUCGAGUUUAUUUUUUAAAUUCAUAUGACAUGUGUUUAUGUGCCGCAAAAUUAAAAUUUUGAUUUGAAAUUGACCUCUGACUUCUUUUUCUACUGGAUGUACAAAAUGAAAUUUAGCUGCUAUCAAGAGUCUUCUGUUAUUCAUGGCUAGUUUGUUUUAGCCUGCGUGGCAGGCGCAAAAAGGGGAGCGGGAGGGAGAAAAGCACGAAAGAGGGGAAAGGGAAGGGAGCGCCUGCUAUAGGAGCCGGUGUUUUUGUAAUCCGCCGACCAUUUUCUGAACUAAUCCGAUAACGUCACUGUCAAUACGUGACCAAUCACAAGUACGGGCUUCUCAGCGUGGUCCGAACUUAAUUACUUUGUUUACCGGAAAUUGUCAAGUUGAGACGCAUUUUUCAAGUGAUGUCAUAAUCGAGCGAAAUAAAACAUUUUUACUGUUCUUGCUCCCGCAGCAAACACGACAAACAGACUACGACCAGUCUCUCAUUUUUUUACUGCUCGCAGUCUACGGCAAACAGUGAUCAGUUUCGUGUUAAUACACAAGACCUUUUAUCUUACAACCUCAUCAAGCACCGUGAUGGUCACAAAGAACAGAACAUUGGUCAGCCUGAGACGCGAAUAAUGAAAACAACGAAGAAUUAUAAACAAUUGUCAAGACGCUCAACGGAUAGUUCUUACCAAAGUUUCAGCUCUCUCUUUGCAAACCAUCUAAGACUCCAUUUAAGACGGUAUAUGUUUUUGCGGAAAAGGAGGUCUUUUGAACAUCGGCAUUGAAGAUGUCUGGCAAGAAUCGCAAUCGCUUUGAAUCGCUGCUCAGUGUAAGGACAAAUCCAGUAUGCAAAACCUCCUGAGCAUCUCUUCCUGCUAAACAAGCUGUUACAGUUGGUUUUAGUUCGGGUUUUAACGUGACGUUGCUGCCUGAUUGGAGUAAUUCUGAUCUUCCAAAGCUUAUGCCAGUACAACGUAUUUUCUUGAUGCCUUCGUCAUGUCUGUCGCACACACUAAUACACGCCAGGAUACAUGCCAAUAAGUUACUCAUUACGGUUCAGCCAAUCAGGAAUUUGUGGACGCCAGCGUCCGCAGAAAUGAACAAAAGGGGGUUCUUACAGCAGGCGUCCCUUCCCCUCUCUCCUCAAUCCCCCUCCCUUUUUCUCUUUCCCCCUAUCCCCUACCCCUUUCGACGCCUGCUACGCAGGCUAAGUUUGCUUAUUGGGUUUUUGGAUAAGAAAUACGUCGCUUGUCAAAGUCGGAAAUCCGAUUUCGGAUGGCAUCGUUUUCGUUUUUCACUUGCUUGAUGCGUAAGAGGGUUGAAAAGUCUGAAGCGAUUUCUGGCCUUACUUGAUAGCUUCCAGGAACUGCAUCUUGAAUGGUAAGCCUGAGCAAUUAUUGUAUUUCGAUAUUAUUGUAUCUAAUUCAAUGAUGUCGAGCGUAGCUUAUGCGGCUAUUUAGUUUAUGCACGUUUGUAAGAUUUGAGACAAUGAUCUAACCGAGUAUCAGGUUUGAUAUAAGCUUACAGAACUUAAAAAAGCCUUUAGACAUUUUCUCACUGCAAAUAGAAAGAAAACGUUCCAAAGAAUAUUUAAGUUAUAAUUCUGGCUGUAAAAAAAGCUUUGAACGAUUUUCUUGCCUCGAGUUCAUCUUUCAAAAAAGCAAACACCGGGAAGCCGGCCUAAAACAUAAACUUAAGCUUUAAUCUUGAAGACCCAGGAUUUUUAGAGACACUUUAAUACUUGUCUUCGUGAAUGAAAAUUGUUGUCUCUGUAUAUGUUUCACCGAAUUAUAUUUCUUUUAUUGAUUGUUACUAGUCUCUCUUGCAAUUUUAAUCGCUGUGCCGUUUGUUUUCAGUCGUUCAUGAGCAUCGCUUGCAGGAAUACUCAAAAUGCCGCGCUUAUCAAACGCGUUUGAAGAUUACACAUCGUUAUAAAACCACUAAAUAAAAAAUAAACAUGAUAAGUUCUUUAUUAUGUUGAAGCGUAACUCUAUUUAUGUUCAUUCAUACACUCCACAGCUCGCAACCGGCUAGCCGUAUAGGUUUUUAGCGGUUUCGCUAAAAGCCACCGCGUGCUUCGAUCGUCCUUAAUAUUGAACGAGUGCAAUUUGUAUUCCAAAAUUGUGAAAUACUGCAUUCUGUCCGAGGUCUGCAUGAUAAAAACAGCGCCUCAUAGUACUGUUUCACCUCAGAUGUGAUGUAUAAAAAGUAUAAAAGGUUGGUUUACACGCGCCCAGAUUUGUUAGCAAGAUUUUGUAAAGCAAACUUGUCGAACGCAAAAAACUCGGCCUGAUUUGUUUUCCAAUAAUUUGUUUUCCAGGCCUAAUCUACUGUGACCAAGAGCCAUUAUGGCUCUUAAAUUUGAUCGAAGACAAGAGCCAUAUUAUGGCUCUUGUCGAAGAUGAUUGCUGUUUUUUGGGUGUACAUAUAAGGCUAUCAAUUCGAUGUAAUAUUUGGUUCACUCUUGGACGGCAAGUAAUUCAUGGCAGUCUCUUGGACUGUUUGCAAAUUAUUUUUCUGUAAAAUCAAAAGUCACAUGAAUGUGCUCUAAAGUUAACUGAUUUGUGGAAUACAAGUUUAUUGUUUGAUUUAAAUUACAUAUUUAUUAGUGGGAGCUUCGCUUUUAGCCCUGGCUAAAUCUAUAUAUUAACAUUACAUAACAUAUAACAUUAAUUUGUGUAAGUAGGUAUAUAAAAAAUACUAAGUUAUUGUGCAUAAUGAAUAUUUUCUAAUAGUUUAGCGUGUGACUUUCCUAUUCUUGAUUUUCAGACUCUGUUGUUACUACUGCCUUGAUCAAAGUUCUAAUUUCUUUGAAUACCCAAGAUUUAACUGUUGAACAAGAAAAAAUAUUAACUGAGGAAUUGGAACAGUCGGUUCAUAAGUAUCGAAGACACCAAGAUCUUUCGUCAUUGCCAUUUGAUAGUAGUGUAGACCGCCUUACUAAGUAUAUCGAAAAGGCUUAUGAAGUGGCCGUAAUGAUGGUAAAAUCAGGAUCUUUGAUAAUAACUGUGCAGUGCCCCACUCUGGAGAGUCUUGAAAGUUUGUGGAAUAGUUACUGUUCUGGUUUCCUUAAUGACGUUGUUGAGAGGUUCCUGGUGACUGAUGAACUCAAGAGAAAGCUAGGAUUGGACAAUGUCAGGUUGAAGACAACUAUAGAAGAAGAAAACUACUUAAUUUGUAAGAAAGCAUUCAUGGAGAACUCAGGUUAGUCAGGAAUUCUCGAUAGAGCCUUUUGCGAGGAACAUGUUUUUAGGCUUGAUAUGCAAAAAAAAGAAAUGGAUAGCAAGUGUGUGAAAUUGUUUGCAAGAGCUUUUCUUACUCGCGAGGUUCAGUGAUCAACUAAGUCACCGCCUUGGCUGCUUACAAGGACAAUUUUGUAGGUGCUGAGAUUUUUUCUAAAUGUGUAAUUUACAAGUGUAGCUAUUGUUCUCAGACUCUAAAACAAUUGCUACAGUUGUAAAUUACACUUGUAAAAGUCUUGUUAAAUUGAUCCCAGGUCAAUGGAAUGUCAUGUACCACCUUACUAGUAAAGAAAGGGGGCAUUCAGAGACUAAUGGUGGUCAACAACAAUCAGUACACCUCCCUAGGUUGAAGGAUUGGGAUUGCUGUGGAGGGUGCUUCUUCUCAAAGUACUCGUCACUCAUGCUCUUGUUCCUGUUUCAUCCGACUGAGCUGCACAGCUUAUGUGGCGUGCAAAACGCCCUUUCUUCCCACAGCUACAGCGCUUUAGAAAGUGGAACUUUGAAUAUAAAGAAUGACUAGAAAGAGCCGUAUUGUUAUUUAUACCUGAGACAAAUUGGAAGUGAUAUCUGUUUGAGGCGGACAUAGUGUAUUAAACGGUCAAUAAAGCAUUCCCCGAGGGUGUCCGCUGAGUUUUACAGGCCGUUACAACUGGUAUCUUGUUUUUGACAUUUUUAUACUAGGAGUAGCAAGUAUCACCGAAACUUCAUUUCAAACAGUUGAUUCAGGUCAGGUAGAAGAUACAAGGUGGAAUGAAGCAAGGUCAGAUGUUGAGAAAGUAAGACUUAUUUUCUUUGGAAACUAG